AUGGUUGAGGAACAACGAGCCCAUUUUGAUGAUGAUGGCUUAAUUGAGGAUUCGAAGGAUGAGGCUGUUGUAGAAUCAGAGUUUGUUGUGUUUCAAGAAGUAAAUGUUGUCCAUGUAAAGAUUGAGUUUGUGUUUCAAGUGAAAACUGAGAUUGUGACGGAGAUAAAAAUUCAAGAGGACUAUUGUUUAAAAGAAAUCGAUAAUGUUGAAGAGAAAAAUUUAUCAUAUUUAUCAUCGUCACCAAAAAAGGAUUCUAGUGAAGAACUUGAUGAUAUUUAUGAAAAUAGUAAAGUUAAAGGCCAAAAGGCUCAACAUAAAAGAGAAAGAAACCAAAAAGCAAACGGAGCAAAAAAUGCAAGCAGUCAAUUGAAAGUUAAUGAAGCAGCAAGAACUGUGAUUUGUCAAGUUUGUCGUAAUACUUUUUUAUGUACUAUAAGAGCUAAAGCCAAAAGGUUAGAAGAAUGUUUUCCUGGAUUUGUUGAAACUCAAAAAAAUUGA